UGUGCUUUGGUGGGCUUCCACCUAACUUUUAUCUCAAUUUAACUUUUUCCCAUUUAAAUUGUGUUUUUGUAUAAGGCCUUAGUAUAAUUAUUUUCAUCAUCCAGCCGGUUAGUCAAUCAACAAAACAGUUACCGUUUACUUCGCGCACAAAUUGAAGCAAAAUGCCGAGUAACAAGACAUCUACCUCUGAUGGAAAAUAUUGUUUUGCCAUUGAUCGUGGUGGCACCUUCACCGAUGUCAUGUGCAUGUGUCCCGAUGGUCGAGUUCGCACCUUAAAAUUAUUGUCAGAAGACCCGGCCCGUUACAGUGAUGCCCCCCGCGAGGGUAUACGCCGUAUUUUGAAAGAGGAAACCGGUGUGGAUACAACCUCCUCAGGCUUAGUCGAUACCUCCCAAAUAGGUUGGGUGCGCAUGGGCACUACUGUGGCUACCAAUGCCUUGCUGGAGCGCAAAGGUGAUCCUGUUGUUCUAGUGGUCAACAAAGGAUUCCGGGACUUACUCUACAUAGGCAAUCAAGCGAGACCGAAAAUAUUCGAAUUGGACAUUAAAAAACCUUCGAAUUUGUACAAAAUUGUGGUCGAGGUCGACUGUCGCAUAGUGCCAGAAAUGCCCAAGGAAAGAUGCCAACUGAAGAAUAAAGAGUCCUGGCGUAUAUUGGAAGGUGCUGGUGGUUCUCGUUAUUUGGAAAUGCAACCCGUUGAUGAAGCAGCGGUACGCUCAUCUUUGAAACAAGUGAAAGACCAGGGCAUAACUUCUGUGGCCGUGGUUUUGGCCCAUAACUAUUCAUGUCCCGAACAUGAGUUGAAGAUUGGAGCUAUAGCUCGAGAGUUGGGUUUUGAGUACAUAACCUUGUCCCAUCAGGCAAUGCCUAUGUUUAGAUUAGUGCCUCGUGGCUAUACUACCUGUGCUGAGGCCUAUUUGACACCACAUGUGGAUCGUUAUUUGAAUAGUUUUAAAUCUGGCUUUGAUAAAGAACUGGCCGGUGUUGAAGUGCUCUUCAUGCAGUCAGAUGGUGGCUUAACUCAAAUUAACAAAUUUCGUGCCUCUAGAGCUAUUUUAUCUGGACCUGCUGGUGGUGUGGUGGGCUAUGCCAUUACGGGUUCUCGAGAAACUGAUAUGCCUUUGAUUGGUUUCGACAUGGGGGGCACUUCCACUGAUGUUUCCCGUUAUGCUGGUUCCUAUGAACAUGUGGUGGAAAGCACUACGGCCGGCAUAACCAUACAAGCUCCCCAAUUGGACAUAAACACUGUGGCCGCUGGUGGUGGUUCUCGUUUAUUCUUCAGAUCAGGGCUAUUUGUGGUGGGUCCCGAAAGUGCCGGGGCUCAUCCGGGACCGGCAUGUUACAAGAAAGGUGGCCCCCUGACGGUGACUGAUGCCAAUCUUAUUUUGGGUCGUUUGAAACCGGAAUAUUUUCCCAAAAUCUUUGGGCCACAUGAAAAUGAACCUUUGGACUAUGAGGCUUCCAAGCAAAAAUUUGAAGAAUUAUUGCAGGAAAUCAAUGAGAGCUUAAAGCUGCAGGGCAGCAAGAAACAGAUGUCACUGCAGGAGGUGGCUUUGGGUUUCAUACGUGUGGCCAAUGAGGCCAUGUGUAGGCCCAUACGAGCAUUGACUCAAGCCCGUGGCUUGGAUACCUCCAAGCAUGUUUUGGCUUGCUUUGGAGGUGCUGGUGGGCAGCAUGCAUGUGCCAUAGCUAGAGAAUUGGGCAUAUCCAAGGUUCUUAUACAUAAAUAUGCUGGCAUACUAUCAGCCUAUGGCAUGGCCUUGGCAGAUGUGGUGCAGGAAAUGCAAGAACCCAAUGGCUUGGAGUUUUCUCAAGCCAAUGAGGCUUCAUUGAAAAAGAGUUUGGAAAAUUUAAAGCAAAAAUGCCAGCAGGCCUUGGAAAAACAAGGUUUUGAGGAUAUCAGCAUAGAGUCGUUUCUGCAUUUGCGUUAUGAAGGCACCGAUUGUGCUUUAAUGUGUACUCAAUCCAAGGACUCCAAAAACUGGUUGGAAGGUUUUGAAAAAACCUUUCUGGAUCGUUAUCGCACAGAAUUUGGCUUUGUAUUGCAGAAACGUCGCAUCAUUGUGGAUGAUAUACGUAUUAGAGGCCUGGGCAAGAACAAAACUCCACCAGAAUUGGAAAUUGAAGCAGCUGCUAGUGAAUUACCCAGUAAAGAGGGCAGUACUAUGGUUAGCUUCGAUCAAGGCACCAUGGAUGCUCCCAUAUAUUUGACCGAAAAACUUUAUCAUAAACAUAAAAUUAGUGGGCCUGCUAUAAUCAUAGAUAAACUGUCCACCAUAUUGGUGGAACCCAAUUGUGAAGCCGAGGUGACCAAAUAUGGUGAUUUGGUGGUGCAUAUUAGGUCCUCGCAAGAUAACAAAGUGGAUGAGAAACUGGAUGCUGUACAAUUGAGUAUUUUCAGUCAUCGUUUUAUGAGCAUAGCUGAGCAAAUGGGAAGGGUACUGCAACGAACUUCCAUUUCCACCAACAUCAAGGAGAGACUUGAUUUUUCUUGUGCCUUAUUUGGUCCGGAUGGUGGCCUGGUCAGCAAUGCUCCCCAUAUUCCUGUGCAUUUGGGCGCCAUGCAAGAGACUGUGCAGUAUCAGUUGAAAGUCCGAGGUAAAACCUUGAAAAAUGGAGAUGUUAUUCUAUCAAAUCAUCCUCAAGCAGGUGGUUCACAUUUGCCUGACUUAACGGUGAUAACGCCAGUGUUUUACAAAAAUCAUAAUACCCCUGUAUUCUUUGUCGCCUCUCGUGGUCAUCAUGCCGAUAUUGGUGGUAUAACACCCGGUUCAAUGCCUCCUCACUCUACAUCAUUGGCUCAAGAGGGAGCCUCCUUUAAAUCAUUCCUUAUAGUUGAAAAUGGCACAUUCCAGGAGGAAGAUGUGGUAAAACGCUUUACCACACCCACUGAUGCUGAGGGAGCUACGGGAACCCGCAAUCUUUCAGAUAAUAUUUCCGAUUUAAAAGCUCAAAUUGCCGCCAACCAGAAAGGCAUACAACUGGUAUCCGAGUUGAUUGAUGGCUAUGGUCUCAAUGUGGUUCAAGCCUAUAUGGGUUAUAUACAACAAAACGCCGAAAUAGCAGUACGCGAUAUGCUCAGGGAAAUUGCCAAAAAUACCUAUGAACGCACUGGAGGUUAUAUUUUGCAAGCUGAAGAGUUCAUGGACAAUGGUUCGCCUAUAAAAUUAAGUGUCAGCCUUGAUGCUGAGCAAGGAUCGGCCAUUUGUGAUUUUACCGGUUCGGGCACCGAAGUAUGGGGCAACUGUAAUGCUCCAAGAGCCAUAACGCUUUCAGCUCUUAUCUAUUGCUUGCGUUGCAUGGUUGGUCAUGACGUUCCUUUAAAUCAGGGUUGUUUGGCUCCGAUACGAGUUAUCAUACCCAAAAAUUCCAUAUUAGAUCCCUCUGAGGGGGCUGCUGUGGUGGGAGGCAAUGUUUUAACCUCCCAACGCAUAGUUGAUACAGUGCUCAAAGCUUUUCGAGUUUGUGCGGCAUCUCAGGGUUGCAUGAACAACACCACCAUAGGUGAUGAACAGUGGGGCUAUUAUGAAACUGUGGCCGGUGGUGCGGGAGCCGGUCCCCAGUGGCAUGGUGCUGGUGGGGUACACUCACAUAUGACCAAUACGCGUAUCACAGAUCCUGAGAUCAUGGAAUUACGUUAUCCCAUGAUAUUGCAAAGAUUUUGUUUGAGAACUGAUGAAUCUGGAGGCCGCGGACUGUAUCAAGGUGGAGAAGGUGUAGAGCGCCAUAUUUUGUUCCGCAAACCAGUGACUUUAUCCGUGCUGACGGAACGUCGAACUUUGCAACCCUAUGGCUUGAAUGGUGGUGAGCCGGGUAAAAGAGGAUUAAAUUUGUUGGUCAAACCAGAUGGACGAAUUAUAUCGUUGGGUGGAAAGACUUGCAUCAAUGUUGAUGCUGGGGAUAUAUAUGCCAUGAAAACUCCUGGUGGUGGAGGUUAUGGCCCAGUCACCGAUGGAAAUAUUCCACAGCAAAAACAGCAGGAGGUAAGUGCUCAAUUUAUUGAGCGUGGCUCUGUUUAUGAUUAUCGUCAAGCUCAAGAAUCGGUUUGAAUUUAUGGCUUAACACACAUUUUUUGUUUUUUCUUUGUUAAUUAUCCAUGUAUACCAGUUUGUUAUCAAGUGCAAUAAUGUUUAUAUGUAUUUUUGAAAAAUUUA